AGAGAAAAUCCACGCAAGAAUUUCGAUUUUAUUGUUAUAUUUUUUUAGUUUUCUCCUGAACCUGCAUAGCUGCUCAUAUUCUUCUUGUCCAAGACUCCAUAGCCACCACCACUGCCACCACCACCGCCACUAACGCCGCAAACUAGGGUUUUUGGUGGCCUCUCUCUAAAUCCUUUUCUGAACUGCUAUCUACAAGGUACAAAUCUCCAUAUUCACUAUUUUUUUUCCAAUGGCCCCAAUCUAGAAACUUCUACUGAGAACAAGUAGUGGGUAUUUUACGUUUUUGCCACUGCACCUAAUCCCUAAUGUCAACCUCUUCAUCUGGUUAGAGAUUUUUUUUCUGUGAUUGUUAUUAUUCCAGUUUCAUACCUCUCAAUUUAUCCCUCAAAAUCACAGUAUUAACCCUCCUUCCCCAGUGUUUUUAUUUAUAAUUUAUAUAUGGCGAAAGUUGCAACUGGAACUACUAGCCUGGGCAGUAAGAGUGGAGUCCGUAUCGUGGUAGCUGGAGACCGUGGCACCGGGAAGUCGAGCUUGAUGGUCACAGCCGCCACUGACAAUUUUCCGGUUAAUGUUCCGCCGGUUCUCCCGCCCACCAGGCUGCCUGAGGAUUUCUAUCCUGAUCGAAUCCCUGUUACUAUCAUCGAUACUUCCUCCAGAGUGGAGGAUUCUGGUAAAGUAGCUGAAGAACUGAAGCGAGCUGAUGCUGUUGUUCUUACUUAUGCAUGUGACAAGCCAGAGACUCUUGAUCGAUUGAGUACAUUCUGGCUUCCAGAGCUCAGACGAUUGGAGGUAUGUAUGAAAAAUGAGCAGGUGAAGGUGCCAGUUAUAGUGGUGGGUUGUAAGUUGGAUUUAAGGGAUGAGAGCCAGCAGGUGAGCUUGGAGCAAGUGAUGUCACCGAUAAUGCAACAGUUUCGGGAAAUUGAGACUUGCAUUGAGUGUUCAGCCUUUAAACAUAUUCAGAUCCCGGAGGUUUUCUACUAUGCACAAAAAGCUGUGCUUCACCCAACUGGUCCCCUAUUUGAUCAGGAGUCACAAACUUUGAAGCCUAGGUGUGUGAGAGCCUUGAAGCGUAUUUUUAUCCUUUGUGAUCAUGACAGGGAUGGUGCCCUCAGUGAUGCAGAAUUAAACGAUUUUCAGGUCAAAUGUUUCAAUGCUCCAUUACAGCCUUCUGAAAUAGUUGGUGUUAAGAGGGUUGUGGAAGAAAAGUUGCCUGGUGGAGGAGCCACUGAUAGAGGAGUCAAUGAACGAGGUCUUACUCUAACUGGAUUCCUGUUUCUCCAUGCGUUGUUCAUAGAAAAAGGACGUCUUGAGACAACUUGGACUGUCCUUAGAAAAUUUGGAUACAAUAAUGAUAUCAAACUUGCUGAUGAGCUAAUUCCAACCUUCAAACGAGCUCCUGAUCAGAGUGUGGAGCUUACAAAUGAAACUAUCGAGUUUUUGAAGGGAAUCUACGAAUUGUUCGAUAGUGAUUACGAUAAUAACCUGCGACCAGUAGAACUUGAGGAUAUUUUUUCUACUGCACCAGAAAGCCCCUGGGAUGAAGCUCCAUACAAGGAUGCUGCAGAGAAAACAGCAUUGGGAGGGCUAUCAGUUAGUGCAUUUUUGUGUGAGUGGGCCCUUAUGACGCUUCUAGAUCCAUCUCGUGCUUUGGAGAAUCUGAUCUACAUUGGAUAUCCUGGUGAUCCUUCUGCUGCUGUCCGUAUAACAAGGAGACGGCGUCUAGAUCGUAAGAAACAACAAUCAGAAAGAAAUGUUUUCCAGUGUUUUGUCUUUGGACCUGAGAAUGCUGGGAAGUCUGCAUUAUUGAAUUCUUUUACUGGAAGGCGAUUUGUUGAUACUUCUCCUUCAACUACUGGGGAGAAUUAUGCAGUGAAUGUUGUUGAUCUACCUGGGUUGGGAAUUAAGAAAACCCUUAUUUUGAGAGAAAUUCCUGAGGACGGAGUGAAGAAGCUGCUGUCCAAUAAGGAGUCUCUGGCACCGUGUGAUAUAGCAGUGUUUGUUCAUGAUAGCUCUGAUGAGUCCUCAUGGAGGAGAGCGACUGAAUUGCUUGUGGAAGUUGCUAGUCAUGGUGAGGAUACUGGCUAUGAGGUGCCUUGCCUAAUUGUUGCUGCUAAAGAUGAUCUAAAUUCUUUUCCAAUGGCCAUACAAGAAUCUACAAGGGUUAGUCAGGAUAUGGGAAUUGAGGCUCCUAUUCCCAUCAGUUCUAAGAUGGGUGAUACCAAUAAUAUUUUCCGCAGGAUUGUUAAUGCAGCAGAACACCCUCAUUUGAGCAUUCCUGAAACUGAAGCAGGGAGAAGUCGCAAGCAAUACCAUCGACUAAUCAAUCGAUCUCUUAUGUUUGUUUCAGUUGGAGCUGCAGUGGCAAUCGUUGGGCUGGCAGCUUACCGAGUCUAUGCUACAAGGAAAAAUACAUCUGGCUGAAGGAUGGAAAUUUACCCAUCAACAAGUGUAUGACUUAUUGGCUUGAACUUGGUUGUCACUCGAGGUGUCGUACUUGUAGAGAAAAUGCAUUUUAUCCUGAUGCCAAUUAGUUUUCUAACCUUCCAACUUUUAUGGCAUCAGGAGGAUUUUAACAUUUUGAAUGGGAGAGUUUCACCAGUUGAAUGUACUGCUGACAUAUGUAUGAUGAAAUUAGUUAUUGGGCAGGGCUUGUGGAAUAAUAAAAAAAAUUUUGCUGCAAA